GGCUGUGCCUGUGUCUGCGAUGCUUACCUGGCCGAAGGGGCUGCUGCAGCUGCUUCUGCUCCAGACCGCCUGGAAAAUGGGGAGCGGCCAGCUCCAUUAUUCUGUGCUGGAGGAAUCCCAGCACGGCACCUUUGUGGGCCGCAUCGCCCAAGAUCUGGGGUUGGAGGUGAGCGAGCUGGUGCCUCGGAUGUUCCGGAUGCUGUCCAAAGGAGAGAAGGACUAUUUUGAGGUAAACCUGCAGAAUGGGAUCUUGUUUGUAAAUUCCCGGAUAGACAGGGAGGGGCUGUGUGCCAAGACUGCAGACUGUGUCCUUCAUCUGGAGGUGAUUGUGGAGAAACCUCUGAGGUUCUUCCAUGUGGAGGUGGAAGUCAAAGACAUGAAUGACAAUGCUCCCGUCUUCUCUGCCAGGGAAAAGAUCCUGAGCAUAUCAGAACUCAUAACCUCUGGCACCCAGUUCCUAUUAGAAGGAGCAUCUGAUGCAGAUAUUGGUACCAAUGCUUUGUUAAUUUACAAGCUCAGUCCAAACAACCAUUUUGCUCUUGAUUCAGGAAAUAAUGAAGAUGGGAGUAAAUCUGUAGUACUUGUGUUAAAGGUUCCACUUGACAGAGAGAAGAACCCUGUCCAUCAUUUAGUACUGACAGCCACUGAUGGGGGUGAACCAAAACUCACAGGAACUGUUCAGCUAGUCAUCAAUGUGCUGGAUGUUAAUGACAACCCUCCUGUAUUUAACCAAUCUGUUUAUAGGAUAAAGCUGCUAGAAAAUACAGCUAGUGGGUCAUUAGUUAUUGCUCUGAAUGCAACAGAUUUAGAUGAGGGGAUUAAUAGGGAAAUCUCUUAUUUUUUUAGUAAUAACCUACCUCAACAUGUCAGAAAUAUGUUUAGUAUAAAUUCUGAUACUGGGGAAAUCAGAGUAAUUGGAAAGUUGGAUUAUGAAGAUAUUAAUUUCUAUGAACUUCAAAUUGUGGCAGAAGAUAAGGGUACUUUAUCUGGACAUUGUAAAGUUCUCAUUGAACUAUUGGACAUAAAUGACAAUAUUCCAGAACUAUCUGUGAAUUCUCUCUCUGUGCCAUUGCCAGAGGACUCCCCUCCAGGGACUGUGGUAGCCAUCCUCAGUGCUUCUGACAGGGAUUCUGGCACCAAUGGACAAAUCAACUGUUUCCUCUUUCCCCCUGGAGUACCCUUCAAACUCGAGUCCACAUUCAAGAACUACUACUCCCUGACUGUUGGUGCAGUCCUAGAUCGAGAGCAGGUGGCUGAGUACAGGAUGGUUGUGACAGUGGAAGAUCAGGGCGUUCCACCCCUGUCUUCUAGCAUCAGCCUCUUAGUGCCUAUCAGUGACAUAAAUGAUAAUGCUCCAGCCUUCACACAGCCCUCCUACACAGUCUUUGUGAAGGAGAACAAUCCCCCUGGUGCUCAC